CCUCUCCUCUCACCCCGUCCUUUGUGUCCCACAGAUUGAUGAGAUGCCAGAAGCUGCAGUCAAAUCCUCCUCCAAUAAGUACCAAGUCUUCUUCUUCGGGACCCACGAAACGGCAUUCCUGGGCCCCAAAGACCUCUUCCCCUACGAGGAGUGCAAGGAGAAGUUUGGCAAACCCAACAAGCGGAAAGGGUUCAGCGAAGGUUUGUGGGAGAUCGAGAACAACCCCACGGUCAAAGCCUCCGGUUACCAGCCCACCCAGAAGAAGAGCUGCCCCGAGGCGGCCAAGCGGGAGCCCGAGGGGGACGGGGACAAGAAGGGCAACGCCGAGGGCAGCAGUGACGAGGAGGGGAAGCUGGUGAUCGACGAGCAGAGCAAGGAGAAGAACGAGAAAGGAGGCAGCAAGAGGAAAGCUGAGGAUGCUUUGGAGAGGAGAGGGGGACAAGAACAGCGAUGCCGCCGACACACCGGCCACCAACGAGGCCAAGCAGGAGGGCAAGGAGGACGUCAGAGACCACAAGGAGAGCCUGUAGUGGCUUCCCUGGCGAGCUGAUCCUUCCCCCUGGCUCCUGGUGCUGCCCCACGCCGGCUCGUCGCGUCCGGAGCUCCAGACAAGGAAAUUUCCAAAAGAAAACAAAAAAAACUACAAAAAAAAAAAAAGAAAAGAGAGGAAUGCAGAGCAGCUGGGUCCUGCCCCCGAGCGCUCUGUGCCUGCCCUGCUGUGGGCACACGCUUUGUGUUGGCGAUUCCUCGGGGCUGAGCUGUUGAUUUGAAAUAAAAGCGAAUCUUGCCUUUUUAAAA